UUGCAUAUCUCCCUAUUUCUAUAUCACUCGUUUACAACAAUUUCACAAAAUUGUACUUAUCUUUAGUGCUUUGAGUUGUAGAUUCUGUGUAUACAUCCAUACUUUUCAUUUCCAGGAUGUCUGAGGAGCAUCAGCAUCAUCUGUUUCACCACAAGAAAGAUGAGGAGGUGAGCGGCGAUGCAGAUAACAGUGCUUAUGUAGAGCAGACGACUGGUGAAUAUGGGGGUGAAGACAAGUAUGAAAAGGCGAGAAAGGAGGAAAAACACCACAAGCAUCUGGAGGAAGGUGGUGAACUUGGAACCGCCACCGCUGGAGGAUUUGCGAUGUAUGAGAAGCACGAAGCAAAGAAAGAUCCAGAGAAAGCUCACAGGCACAAGAUAGAGGAGGAGAUUGCUGCAGCCGCUGCUGUGGGCGGUGGUUGAGCUGUAUUCCAUGAACACCAUGAGAAGAAGGAAGAUAAGAAAGAAGAAGAGGAAGCACAUGGCAAGAAGCAUCACCAUCUCUUUUGAACAUCCAGUUCUAACAAUAAAUCUAUUACAGAAAAUAGAUAUUUGUUUAUAUAUAUAUAAAAAUAUUUUUAAGCGUUGUAUUAUUAAGGCAGCAUUGUUGUGAAGUACUUACAAUAAAUCUAUUGCAGAAAAUAGAUAUUUAUAUAUAUAUUAUUAAGUGUUGUGCUGUA